AUGGAUGGUUCCGACAAAUCCAUUAUUGUUGCUGUCAAACGUCAAAUGAUGAAUCGUUUAAUCCAAACCAAGAAUGACAUGGCGGCUUCAAAGUUCAAAACCCUGACGAUUUUUGCUAUUGCAAGACCACACCUUGCUGGUAUGGCAGCUGAAUGGCUUCAAGAAUUUGAAAACGACCAAAUUGAAAAGGAAAACACUAUUAACGGAGAACGCCGUUCAAAUAGUACUACUUUAACAAUUCAGGAAUUUAUCCAUCAAUUUGAUACUCGUUUCUUGCAAAAGAACAACAACAUGGAAAUUCAGGAAUUUAUCCAUCAAUUUGAUACUCGUUUCUUGCAAAAGAAAAACGACAUGGACAUUCAAGUCAACUUAAACAAAUUAACUCAUACUGGUACUUACGACCAGUUUAGAAAUGCCUUCUUUAAAUUGUACGAUCGUAUGAUUGAAAAGAAUGAUGCAGCAGUUAAUAGUUACACCUUAGACUUGUUUAAAUCCAAGGUUAGACCAAUGUUCUAUCCAGAACUCUCAGCCAUCCACUCCAUUUCGGAAUUACGGUAUUUCCGUCCAUCAGAAGGUCUGUUAGCUGCUGACGAGGCGUUACAAAAAGUAAUCAACUCUACCAACUCAUCAGGUCAUCAAUCCCAACCUAAGAAAUUCAACAACUCAAACAAUCAACAAUGGGAUGAUAAGAAAGUGUGCCUCCGUCAUGGUCCCUGUAACCACACCACCAAUGAGUGUUCUACAAUUGCUAACUUAAUUGACGCGGAUAAAAACAAAUCCAAUAAGCAGUUCACUAAGUCGGAGUCAAAAAAAAACUAG